CGCAUCGGCUCCCUGGCUGUCGCAUCACCGAGCGGGGAGGGGCCCCGGUUCCCACUAUUGGCUGGUAGGCUACUGUAUUACCGACAGCUUUACGGUAGGGCCACGGCCAGAGCGCGUGAGCGGUGGUCUUUUCAUCUCCCUGAAGAAGCGCAGUAUCUGCUGGCGUUCAACAUGAUUUUAAGGCGACUCUAGCAGCUGUUUUUCCCACACUCUUUCUUCAUCACACAACCGCGGAUACAUUGUCCGGACACCGCGAGAGGAGAGGAGCAUGUAACCGGGAGAAACACACCGGCGGCGGCGGCGGAGGCACCACCUGACACUUCUCGCUCUCGCGCUCCUUGUUUCCUAGUAAUUUGAGGCUUCUCGAUGUGUUGACUGGACUCUCCUGGUUGUUUGGGAUAUUAUCUUCAGCAAAAUGAGCGAAGAAGUGUCAGAGGUCCCCAAAGAGCUCCUGGAGAGUGUGAGGGAUGCAGUGGGGAGGAAGGUGAAGCUGUCGCUGAGGAGGAGAGUCAAACUGGAGAUCAAAGGAGACAAGACGGAGAACAGAGUCUUGGCCCUUGCGUCUCACCGAGCCUACCUCUUGACUGCACGCAUUCCUGCCAAGGUGGAACACUCCUUUAAUUAUCUGGAGAUCCAGGGGAUUGCUUGCAACAAGCCUACACAGCUGUUCAUAGAGUACGAGCGUGGCUCCUUCUCCCUGAAGCUGCUCUCUACAGAGGAGGUCAAUGAGGUGGUUGCUCACAUAGGAAACUGUCUGCUGAGGAUAUGUCCCGGUUUGCCACCCAGUAAAGUGAUGAAGAAGCUCAGCAUGGAGCCUCCAGACAGGCUGACCUCUCUGCAGACUCUGUGGGAGAACAACAAGCCUGCGGAGCCUGGACCUUGUGGCGGGUUUUCUCAGAUGUACAGAUGUGUUUGUGACUGGUUGGGGCUGCCUUACAAAGAAGAGGUGCAGUGGGAUGUGGACACCAUCUAUUUAACACAAGACACCAGAGAACUCAACCUGCAGGACUUCAGCCAUCUGGAGAACAGGGAUCUGGUGGCCAUAAUAGCAGUGCUGGAGUUUAACCAGUGGUUCACCAAGCUCUCCACCAAGGACUACAAACUGUCUGCAGAUGUGUGUGAGCAGAUCCUUCGGGUGGUGUCUCGCUCCAGUCGACUGGAAGAGUUGGUUCUGGACAACGCGGGACUCAAAACUGAUUUUGCCCAGAAGCUAGCUGCUGCCCUGGCCCAUAACCCCAGCUCAGGACUCACCACCAUUAAUCUUGCCAACAACCCACUGGAGGACAGAGGUAUUUCCUCCCUGGGUGCUCAAUUUGCCAAACUUCGUAUGGGGCUCAAGCAUUUAAACUUCUCCAAAACCUCACUAUCACCCAAAGGGGUGAACAGCCUUUGCCAGUCACUGAGUGCCAACCCGUCCAUCCCCAGCAGCCUGGUCCACCUGGACCUCUCAGGGAAUGUCCUCCGAGGAGACGACAUGCAGCAUUUCUACCACUUCUUGGGUCAACCUAACAGCCUGGCAACCCUUGACCUCUCCAACACUGACUGCUCAUUGGACCAGGUUUGCUCAGCUCUGCUGCGAGGCUCGGCCCAACACCUCUCUGUUCUUAACGUGUCAAAGAGUGUCUUCCCUCACAGGAAAGGCAAAGAGGUGCCUCCGUCAUUUAAGCACUUCUUCAGCAGCGCCAUGUCUCUCAGCUCCAUCAACGUGUCAGGAACCAAGCUGCCGCCAGAGGCCCUUAAAGCUCUCUUGCUCGGCCUGGCCAGUAACCUUAAUCUGAAGGACGUGUCUCUGGACCUGAGUUGCUGCGAGUUGCGGUCAGGAGGUUCUCAGAUCCUUGAAGGUUGUAUUGCAGAGAUCCCAAACAUCUCCAGCCUAGACAUCUCUGACAACGGUCUGGACUCGGACCUGUCCACUCUGCUGGUGUGGUUGGCCAAGAACCGAUCCAUCAGACACCUGUCUCUGGGCAAGAACUUCAACAACAUCAAGUCCAAAAACCUUGCUCCAGUGUUGGACAGCCUGGUCCAUAUGAUUCAGGAAGAGGAGUCGCCCCUCACCUCUCUGUCUCUAGCAGACUCCAGGCUGAAGAGCGAUCUCACCAUCGUUCUGAAUGCUCUCGGCAGCAACUCCUCGCUCACCAGGUUAGACAUCAGCGGGAACGCCAUGGGGGACAUGGGAGCCAAGAUGUUGGCCAAGGCUCUACAGAUCAACUCCAAACUCAGGACUGUGAUCUGGGAUAAGAACAACACCAGCCCUCAGGGUCUUCAGGAUGUAGCAGCAGCUCUGGAGAAGAACUUCACCAUUCGUUUUAUGCCCAUCCCCAUCAUCGAUGCCUCCCAGGCUCUGAAGGCCAGCCCCGAGAAAACAGAGGAUGCCUUGCUGAAGAUUGAGAAUUAUCUCUACAGGAACCAUGAAACCAGAAAAUACCUACAGGAGCAGGCCUAUCGGCUGCAGCAGGGCAUCGUGACCACAACCACACAACAGAUGAUUGACAGGAUUUGUGUGAAGGUGCAGGACCACCUGAACUCUCUGAGAAACUCCGAGACAGACGCCAUCUUGGAGGACGUCAGGUCAGCAGAGAGCCUCAUCAAAGAUGCCAGGAACUCUAAAACGCUGCUCCCUCACCUCUACCACUUAGGAUCAGCUGCCAGAGAGGAGGUGAACAGCUCGUCAGCGGGACCCAUCCAGGAGAAACUGGAGUCUAUGGCUGGAGAGGUGACUAAUGUCAUGGACCAGCAGCUACAGGCUCUGUUGGAGUCGAUGAUGGACGUAGCAGAGUCUCUGUGUCCCCAUGUGAUGAAGAGGAGCAGUCUUCGUCCAGAGCUAAUGAAGGCCAGCUCAACCAAGAUGGUCGUACCCAAAAGUUUUGUCACCAAAACCCUCCUGGAGCAGUCUGGGGUGGAUAUUAUCAACAAGAUCAGUGAGGUGAAGCUGAGUUUGGCAUCCUUCCUGUCCGAUCGCAUCGUUGAUGAGAUUUUGGAGGCUCUUUCCACUUCCCAACUCACUCUGGCGGACCAUCUGGUGAGGCGAGGUCGCCCCUUGAUGCAGCAGGAGUCGGUGGAUCUUGACGUCCCAGAGGAGAAGAUUCCCAAGCGGGCAUCGACAGAGAUACUGGAGGCUGAGAGGCUGGAGGAUCUGGAGACAUGCAUGAUGACUCCUAAAUCCAAAAGGAAGAGCAUCCACAGCAGAAUGCUGCGGCCAGUGUCUCGUGCCUUUGAGAUGGAGUUUGACCUGGACAAGGCCCUGGAGGACGUCCCUAUCCAUGUGGAGGACACUUCAACUUCAUCCCAAACUCCACCUACUCCAUCUCAGGUCCUGCCAAGACUGGAGCACCGUCCUCCAGGAGCGAUAGUGGAGCUGCCAUCUGAGGAGGAAAAGAAACUGCAGCACUUCACCAAACUGCGACCCCGCCGGAACAAGAAAACACAUUCCAGCAAAAUACCUCAAAUCAACAGUACUCCAUCUCAGGAUGGGGAGCAGAACGGCCUCAUGGGAAGGGUGGAUGAAGGUGUGGACGAGUUUUUCUCUACAAAAGUCACCAAGAUGGAUUCCAAACGUUCCAAGGGUUCUGAAUCUCAGGAUGGAGAGAAGAAGAAGAAAGGUGGAUUCCUUAACCUCAUCAAACGUUCCUCCAAAUCCGACAAAUCGGACAAAUCUGAUAAAUCGGACAAAUCAGAUAAGUCAGAGAAAAACCAGGCGACCCCUCCAGCCUCAGCCUCUGUAGCUUCGACACCAGCUUCCAUCCCUGAGGAGCCCUCCUCUCCAAAGGUGGCACUAAAGAGCCCAGCACCUGAGCCAAAGUCCAGAGACGCCUCCACCCGCUCGCAGCCCACAGACUACAGCAGCAGCUCAGACCGCUCAGAGGAGCUGAGGACGCCAGACUCCAUAGACGAGCCCUGGGAGUGUUCAGACGGCAGGGGCAGUCCUCAAGGAGGCAGGCGGUACCCAGGGUUGCAGAUGAUGGGCAGCGGCCUCCUGGCAGAGAUGAAGGCCAAGCAGGAGAGGAGAGCACACAAGUCUUCCAGCCCUGACAGGCCUGACAGCAAUGCAACAGCAGCCAAGCCCCAGCCCAUCAUCUCAGAGAGCAGGUCUCCCGGUGGCUCGAUGAAUAAAUCAGAACCUCCAACUGGUUCUCCAGAGAAGACACCUCUUCGUGGUGACACCAAACCCGACCCAGCGCCUCGCAUCAGGGCUACCUCCUCCUCAAGUCCCCCUGGGGGACCGAUAAGUCCUAAACCACCGGUGCCACAGGGAGCAAAGCCAGCUCUGGCUGCCCGGCCCACCAUUCCACUGAAGCCGAGGACCAGCAGUACCAGCAGGAGCAUAGAUGAGAGCUCAGACUCUCCCAGCAGUGGAGGUCUGUCUCCUAAGGUCACAGUUCUUCCUCCCACGCUGAAGAGGACGAUGUCAGAGAAAGACAAAGAGGGCCAGACUGGAGGCUCAGCCAUCAAAACCACUCAGGAUGUGAGGGCGGGAUCUGUGUCAGACUCUGUUCAGCGACCCAGUGCUCUUCGUGCCAACUCUGAGGAUCACGGCUCCUUCAAGUCCAAGGACCAAUCUCCAAACCCAGACAAAGACAGGGCAGCAGGCAAGAAGUCCUCAGACUCUGGGGAGGAGGCAGACAAAGACUUUAUUUUAAUUUGAGUAAGACAAAUUUACAAUUAAAAAAGCCUCAAGUGUUUUCCUUUAGAAAAGCAACUAAGGGAGAAUCUAAUCGACAUGCUUUCAUUUAUAUUCAAGGUUGUACCUGUAGGUCCUGUCUGACCGCAAAGUACAAAUCAUGUUUGGUUUGCAGGAAGCAGGAAGCCCUGCUGUAGUAUCAGGUAAUACACACUUUCAAAUUAAAUUUAGUUUGGUUAUCUAUGAUUAAACCAUUGAUACUGACACUUUUGGGGGGAAUAUCCUCAGUAAACUUCUCAGUCACAUCAUGUCACCUAGUAAACCAAACUGUGCAAAAUUCUCCUAAGAGCUUCCUUCUCACAAACAGCCUUUUUUCCUUUUGUCCUGCCCUCUGCUGUCAGGUGAAAAUCUCACAUCUCUAAAAGAAGAAACUUUUCAGGAUUUGAGAAAAUGAUUCCCAGAGUGAACGAGCGAAUACAGCCAAUGAAACCUGAAUGAAGUUUGUAAACUACUAAGAAAAAAAAAAGAU